AUGGGUUUUUUUGGUAGGGUACUCUACUACUGUAGAUCAGUCCUGGGCGUGACGCUACUGAGCACCUGCGCAAUAUAUGGUGUGCUGGCAUCGAUUGUUUUGACGUGUGUAGGAAAAAGGCACUUGGCACAGUGGACCACGGCCAGGUCGUUCUACUACGUGAUGGGCACGCUACUAGGCAUCGAUGUCCAAGUCAUCAACCCGGAAAAUCUCGAGAAACUCCCUGCAAUCUUCGUGUCGAACCACCAGUCGGCUCUGGACAUCUUGAUGCUUGGUAGAACUUUUCCGCAAGGGUGCACUGUUACAGCUAAAAGCUCCUUGAAAUGGGUGCCUUUCUUGGGCUGGUUCAUGAGUUUGAGCGGAACUUUGUUCUUGGAUCGUGCAGACCGGAAAAAAAGCGUGGAGACUCUCAACAGGGCGCUGGCCAACAUGAAGACCGAGAAGCGUGCUAUUUGGAUUUUCCCAGAGGGAACUCGUUCCCAUGCUACGAAGCCUUGUCUUCUGCCCUUUAAAAAGGGUGCGUUCCAUUUGGCCCAGCAAGGGAAAAUUCCAAUUGUGCCAGUCAUCGUGUCGAAUACAAGCACCAUUGUGAACUCCAAGUUCAAAGUUUUCAAUCGCGGUGUAAUCAUGGUUAAGGUGCUAGACCCUAUUUCCACUGCAGACUUGAAGAAGGAGGAUGUGACGGCUUUUAGCCAAAGAGUCCACGAGAUCAUGGAGCUUGAAGUGGAGAAAUUGGGUUAUUCCGAGGUAAUCGUUGAUACCGACUUACCACCAGAAGCCAAGCCUCCCAUGGAAACCUCAUUCACAGACGAAUCUGCUGAUUCUACCGCUGAUCAUGAAGCGUCUUCUAAGGACAGCAUGGACGAAGCGGUCGAAGUGAUCGAGGAGCAACAGGAAAACCAAGCUCCCACGGGAUUGGAAGGAGCCCCAUCCAGCACUUAG